AUGGCGAGAAUGGUUAACGAGAACGGUUGUGGAGCGGAAACACAGAACCCCGAGCCGCAGGGACCGGGCCGGGGUGCGGCCAGAUGGGGUCCACAACACGCCGGUGCCCGAGAACUGGCCAAUUUAUACUCACCAGGCAAAAGAUGUCAAGAGUGGAUAAGUGUCAUCCUCUGCUUCUCUCUCAUGGCCUUCAAUUUCAUUCACCUUCUUGCCAAUUUCCAUCUGGGACAUCUGUGGUACAUCCUGUUGAGCAUUGCGGCAGGAAUACUCACGGCAGACUUUGCGUCCGGACUUGUUCACUGGGGAGCCGACACAUGGGGAUCAGUGGAUCUGCCCAUCUUCGGAAAGGCCUUUAUACGACCAUUUAGAGAGCACCACAUCGACCCGACAGCCAUUACCCGUCACGAUUUCAUUGAGACCAAUGGUGACAACUGCAUGCUGACCAUAGUCCCCUUAGCAAACAUGGCCUUCAACUUCCUCACCCUCUCCCCCGCGGAAGUUUACCAUAACUACCCCUGGUACUGCUACUUGUUUGCACUGGCCAUCUUCGUGACCCUCACCAACCAGAUUCACAAGUGGUCGCACACGUACUUCGGCCUGCCUCGCUGGGUGGUGUUCCUGCAGGACUGCCACAUCAUCCUCCCCCGCAAGCACCACCGCGUCCAUCACGUCUCCCCUCAUGAAACGUACUUCUGCAUCACUACAGGUUGGCUGAACUACCCUCUGGAGAAGUUCGGUUUCUGGAGGAACCUGGAGGAUCUCAUCCAGAGUGUGACGGGAGAGAAGCCCAGGGCCGACGACCUGAAAUGGGCUCAGAAAGUCAAGUAAAGCUGCAGGCUGACUGCACCCUACCUCAGAAGACGCUGGUUCCGUCCGGCUCAUCCCCUCUUUUGCCUCACUUAAAACUGUAAUCCAUAGGAAGAAAAAAACUAACAAACACUUUCUGAUGCCAUAGCUUUAAGUCUUGCACAUUUUGUCUGUUUUUCAAGAAGAGGGCUCUGUUGACGGAUUUUCUUUCAUUACUCACUCACGGAGAUCGUCAUUUCAAAUUGCAAUAUAUCCUUCACUCUGCGUAUGUCGAACACAACUCAACUCUGAAGGUAUGGUCAGAUACAGAAUUUGCAAUCGCUUUCUGAGGAGAUUCAAAGAUUUUUUUUUUUUCCCUCACGACAGAAAUUUCAAACAAUCCCAAGACAGAAUACUUGAAAGAGUGAACUCUCCCUUGUCCUCAUCCAGAGCCACAGCCGUUUAUUUGCGGAGUGGAUGAAUCGCUUUAUAUUUAGCACUGCUUUAUUGUCUCUGGAUCAGCCUUUUUUAAAAAUCUCUUUUAAAGGGUCUAUUGGUGUGCAGGUAAUAAAAUUGGAUGUAGGCCAUGGUAAGUAGUAGGAUGGGGUGAUGUAGAGAUUUUUGGAUGCUUUACCAAUGUUUAAAGCUAAAGAACAAAUUUGUUAAUUACUGUUACAUUUGUUGACGUCUUGCACAUUUGAUUUUUGCUACACACUUUUAUUUUGAAAGAGAGGUGAUUACAACCUAUGUUAAUGAUUUAGAUUAUUUUUCAUUACUGAGUCCUGUUUUUGAUGCAGCCAUAUUUAAUAGUUUAGUCAUGGAUUUGUAAAUCUCAGACAACGACUACAGUUACGGUUGAUGCAAAAUGAGAGGUCUGACGGCUCAGAAAAGGAGUUUUAAAGAAAAAAACAAACCAAAAAGUAAAUAAGAACUGUAUUACUAAUAUUGCUGUCAGAUCCCAAGCUGGCAUUUUGAUUAAUUUUUGCAUUGUUUUGGACAGUAAAACAGUCUGGAGGCCAAGAGAGCCACUUGAGAAUGUGCACGAAGUCACAUUGUUUGGACUGCUGCAAAAAAUUGGAACCACAUCCUUCAGCAAAUAAAAUUCAGAAUCAGGGCGCAUCAAACAACUUAAAAAAAACAAAAAAACAAGUGAGACGGAAAGGUUCUAAUUUUCACGUUCACCCACUGAGCCAAUUAAGUGAUAAAUACAUGUAAAUUGCUACACAUUCUUGCACAGAGCCCCUUUAAUAAUAAUAAUGGAUGUGGAAUUUUCAGGCCUAGCUAUUCAAUGAUUGUGUGUCCUCUGAAACAAGCAUUUUAAGUUUUGACUCGUUAACAGACUGUUCUGCAAGAAAGAGGCGCAUGCAGUUUUGUCGAGCUGCCUUACACACCACAGAUGCAGUACUUCUGUGUUCUCUGUUGCUUUGUUUCAUUUGCAGCACUUCUCUGUCUUUCUGGGAUUUGUGUCUCAGACAACCAGACACAGAUGCUCUUAACAUGUGCCAACAGUGUGUAACAUUGUUUUCACUCCCCACACGUUGCUAUUCUUUUCUUUUCUUUUUUUUUUAUUGUGGGAAAGAACGGUCGGUUUUCAGCGUGUAACAUUCCCCGUGAGUUAUGUUGCCACCGUGUACCGUCUUGGUUACCGUGACAAACAGACUCGGUGAUGUCACAAGGGCUUCGGUGAAGGCUGACGAUCCAGGAAUUUAUUCACGCUCACAGAUGAGAUUAUGUAAUUAAUCAGUCGGUUGAGAGUUUUUCUAACGGUUCAGUCUGUUGUUUGUAAAUGUAUUGUAUAGCUAAUAACUAUGCAGUUUAAUAAGAGGCCCUUAACUAUAUGUCUUAACUCAUCUGAUUAGGUUAAAAUGCCUUUCUUUUUCUAAUAGUUUACACCUAGUUGCUAAGUUGGAAAACUGGAGCUCAAAAAUCUAGCUACUUGAUGAACUGCAUGACAAAAUUACUUUUACUAAUUAAGAUGUCACAGACGUAAGAAUGCGUGCAUGCCUACAGCAUGUCGGCUUGUGCAAGCAAUACACCAGGUCACCAGCUUUCCUUUUGAGUUUGCGUAAAGCAGGCACUGACCGGGGAGGAUUGUGCUGCUUUCAGAAAGACGACCCGGGUUCGAACCCCACAAAAUGUUCUCCUGUUCCAAGGAAAUCCUGUCAAGGGGUUUUUUUUUUUUCCGGGUUUAAAUGGAAGGAGCUAAUCUUGCUGUUCGGUUGGGUUGACCAGGUUAAAGGCUGAAUUAUUAAGCUUCUGGUGUUCUAGUCAAAGUAGACUAUUUAGUGAUAGUUAAUUCUUAAGCCAAAAUUCCGCUUUAUGUUAUGUCAUAUUCCAGUUUUUGAAUCCUUCAUACUUGAUUAUAUGAAAUUAUUCAACAUAGGUCAACAGCAGACUGCAGAAUGCAUAGUGCUUGUAGAGUUUUGUGAGAAGCAGUUUUGUGUGUUUAGAUCGUGUGAUAUAUGCUGGUAUAAGGAUGCAGUUAACUGUCUCCGCGUCAAAGUUUAAGGCCUGCGUUAGAAGUCCUCCUGUAGUUCUUUUGAAUCAGUAUUAGGCGAAAUAUUACUCGGGCACCACUUACUGCAGUCAGUAGACAGACAGCUUAUUUUCUGGCUCUACUGGGUGUUUCAUUGCUUCAGUACAUUAUUUUGUGUGAUAAUAUAAGGUUGAUGACGGUUGUAAGGACGUUUUGUGUUUUUGUAAAACUGCUAAGUAAGACAAUAGCUAAGGAUAAUGGUUAGAAACACUGACUAUGAUAUGCCAUAAUUAGUCUGGAGAUUGACUUAACUGACACCCUUUAAAAAUACGUGGUGAGCUCACAAGGAACCCAAACCAUAUUAAUCUUGUUAUAAUUGCUAUUUAUGGCUGUCGUAGUUGGGAGUCUGGUUGCGAGUAUUGAUCUAUUGUGCGUCGAUUUAUUCUUCAUUCUUAUUCUCCAGAUGAUCUCAGGAUUGUGGUUAGAGCGAUUUAAAAUAGUUUAUCAUAAAUUUGUUGGUAGAACGAACACUCCGUUAGUAACGUUAAGGCCUUUAUUUAGUUGAUAGAAGUCGUUUAAAUCAUUAAUUUCUGUCAGAUUCUGUUGGCCAAAGAAGCCGAAUGAUUUUAAAUGCAUUGUAGGUUCUAUUGUAGCCAUAUGUCAGUACGGUUAACUCGGCCUUCUGUUGUUGAGCUAGAAGUUGUGAUUAAGCUGUGUUUGGUUUUUCUGCUUAGAGACAAUGGGCUGCAUUGGAUUUGAAGGGUACUUUUGUAAUGAUGAUGUGUGGUAAACUAAAUAUUUCCCCCACUGGAAACAAUUUUGUGAGAGCCAAUGAACGUGUUGGUGAGUGGUGUGGGCAGUUGGUGUUGGUAUGUUUGACAUUCUGUGUUGAAAUCACUUUUGUAAUGAUCCUUGAUCUUUUUAUUGAAUUGCCUUAUCCUCUCCCUGAUUGAUUUACUGUAAAACUUGCCAGCGAUAUGGGAAAAAACAAUUUAUUGACCGACCUUAAAUUUACUUGCCUCUCAAUUCUUCAAGGGGCGAGACCCAUAUGGAUGUUGUAGUUGGUUCUGUAUGCUGGUGGUGAUGGAGUUUUAGAUAUCAGAAUAAUGCCUCGAUGCCUUUCUGUUGUCUUCAAUUUUGGAGACUAACAAUGUAUAUAUUAAACUGUAUUUAUAAAUAAACUAAAUAAACGGUUGAUAAUUACACAA